AUGGAGCUAGCCGAUCCGGAAUUCUUCGUGUCUGGUCCGAUCGAUUUGGUGCUUGGGUCUCAAUUCUUCUACGAUUUUCAUCUAUUCGAUGGUGGCCGGAUACAAAUUUGCAAACUCGGAUCUCCUUUGCCGAUAUUCAUCAACGCAGUAUUUGGUUGGGUAGAUGCGGGCGAGUCGGAGUGGUCUACAAGAAAAGCUACCGUUAGUUGUCACGUUGCGAUCGCCGAACCGCUGGAUAAGAUCAUCGAGAAAUUCUGGGCAAUUGAGGAGAUGUCAGAGAAGCCACUUCGAUCACAGGAAGAGAAGGACUGCGAACAACACUUUCAAAGCACGUUCACCCGUAACGAAUCGGGACGCUAUAUAGUACAGUACCCAAAACGGAAUGGGUUCCACGACAAAAUCGGCGAUUGGAAGGGUGCGGCCUUACGACGAUUUCGGCAGCUAGAAAGGCGUUUGGAAAGGGAUUCAGACUUACGUGACCAUUACAACGAAUUCCUACAAGAAUACCUUGCAAUGGGGCAUAUGCAACUGAUCGGAGAAAUGGAGGAUACACUGGAUGAAGGGCGCACUACUUACUAUUUGCCCCAUCAUCCUGUGUUUAAAGAGUCUAGCUCAACGACCAAGGUACGGGUAGUGUUCGAUGGAUCAGCGAAAACCACAACAAAUCACUCGCUGAACGACACUCUACUUACGGGUCCAGUAAUUCAAGACGAGCUGCUGGACAUCAUGAUCCGUUUUCGCAAGCACGCCGUCGCGUUAGUUGCAGAUGUGGCCAAAAUGUAUAGGCAGGUACGCAUUCACCCGGAGGACGCGUCGCUUCAACAGAUCCUGUGGCGCUUCGAUCAGGCUGAACCGAUCAAGGUGUACGAGCUACAGAUGGUCACUUACGGUUUAGCGCCUUCAUCUUUCCUUGCCACUCGCGUACUAAAACAGCUUGCCAUAGACGCCGGUGACAAAUACGAGUACGCUGGUCCUGCUGUAAAGAAAGAUUUUUAUAUGGACGAUUUUCUUUCCGGAGCGGAAUCGAUUUCGAAGGCGAAACGUUUGCGAAGCGAAGUUCAAUCCCUUAUGGCUGAAGGCGGAUUCGACUUGCGGAAGUGGAGCUCUAAUCAACCGGAGGCUUUAGCCGACUUACCUUCCACAGCUCUAGAGGAACAAUCCACGCUACAUUUCGAUGCAGAAACAAAGGUAAAGACGCUUGGAGUAGUGUGGGAGACAGGAACGGACCAACUGUGUGUUGAGAUACGAGCAACGGAAUAUGACGAUCAAUGGACAAAAAGGAAGAUAUUUUCGGAGAUUGCGCAAUUAUACGACCCGCUUGGUAUCGUGUCACCUGUGAUUGCUUGGGCAAAAAUUCGGAUGCAACACCUCUGGUUGGUUAACCUCGACUGGGAUGAUCCGAUUCCCCGCGAGAUCGAAUCUAAAUGGAAUGAUUUCCAUUCACAGCUGCCCCUACUAAAGCAAUACAAAGUUCCCCGUUAUAUAUUUUCAUCGGAAGCUACAACGGUUCAGUUCCAUGUUUUCUGCGACGCAUCUGAAGUAGGCUACGGAGCAUGUAUUUACGCUCGCUCAGCCAGCAAGGAAGGUAAAGCUCAAAUUCAGCUCAUUGCGGCAAAAUCAAGAGUCGCACCAAUCAAACGUCUUAGUUUACCGCGCCUUGAGCUGUGUGCUGCAUUAUUGGGUGCCAAACUCUAUACUAAAGUAUCCGCAGCGCUGGGGAUGGAGGGAAAUCCUUGCUGGUUCUGGUCGGACUCGACGGUCACAUUGCACUGGAUCGCAGCACCCCCAAACACUUGGCAAACGUUUGUGGGCAAUCGCACAUCGGAAAUCCAGCUGCUGACACUCGGACACCCCUGGAACCACGUGAAGGGUACGGAUAAUCCGGCGGAUCACGUUUCGCGUGGUAUGUUGCCGGCAGAUUUCAUCGUCGACAUUCUUUGGAGGAGUGGUCCCGGAUGGCUGGCAAACGAAGUGGAUAAAUGGCCAAAGCAUGUACACCCGCUUCUUCCAAACGAGGACAUCCUGGAACGAAAGAAAACGGUUUUAGUGGUUCAGUCAACGUCGCAGGAAAACCCGUUAUUUGAGCGCUAUUCUUCAUUCGGGCGUCUAGUUCGAAUCACUGCUUACCUUCGUCGAUUCAUUGCACGCUGCCGCUCUAAACAUCAUGCAUAUGAAGCAUUCCUUUCGACGAUGGAGCUGCAAGAAGCAAAGGAGGCUUUAGUAAAGGUGGUUCAACAAGAAGUGUUCCCAGAAGAGUUGAUUAAGUUGAAACAAAAACGGCCGGUUCCCUCGAAAUCACCCCUGAAAAAUCGAUAUCCUUUCCUAGACGAGAAUGGCAUAAUACGUGUCGGUGGCCGGCUGCAUUUCUCCAACGAAACCUACCAAACCAAGCACCCUAUGGUUCUUCCCAACAAGCACCCCCUUUCUCGUAUAAUUGCAGCGCAUUUCCACUCGCAAUGCUUUCAUUCUGGCCCCCGAAUGACCCUGGCAACAAUGCGUCGAGAAUUCUGGCCGGUUCGCGGAAAAACUCUUGCCAAUUAUGUGUGUCGCAAAUGUACAAUUUGUUUCCGCCACAACCCUGUCCCUGUAGCCCAACCUCAAGGACAGCUUCCCAAGACACGCAUUGUCCCUAGUCGACCAUUCUCAAUCACCGGUGUCGACUACUGUGGCCCUAUAUACUUAAAACCUGUUCAUCGACGAGCGGCCCCCCAAAAGGUUUUCAUUGCUGUGUUUGUUUGCUUCGCUACCAAAGCCACUCACCUGGAACUCGUGUGCGAUUUGUCAACGGACGCAUUCAUUGCCGCACUUCGACGCUUUAUUGCCCGGCGCGGCUUGCCAAGGGAAAUCCAUUCUGAUAAUGGUACAAACUUCAAAGGAGCAAAAACCACACUCACGGAAAUGCAUCGCCUGUUUAGCAUCAAACACAACAAGGAAAAAUUAAUCAAUGAAUGCAGCAGCAAAGGAAUCACUUGGCGGUUCAUUCCACCUCGAGCACCAAAUUUCGGCGGCCUUUGGGAAGCGGCUGUCAAGACAGCGAAGUCCUCUCUGGUAAAAACAAUCGGCUACCGAAAACUUUCAUACGAGGACAUGGUCACUGUCCUCUACCAGAUCGAGGCAAAUAUAAACACUCGCCCACUAACGCCACUAUCCGAUGAUCCGACCGAAUUAGACGCACUAACACCCGGCCAUUUCCUGACUGACGGUCCACUUUUAACUCUUCCGGACCCUCAGUACACCGAAAUACCAACAAACCGAUUGCGGCACUAUCAGCAGUUGCAACAACUGAUUCAACAUCACUGGCAACGUUGGCGGAAGGAAUAUCUUACGGAGCUAAAUCAGCAGUGGCAGAAAUCCAGUUCUCCGGUGGACAUCCGUGUUGGCCAAAUGGUAUUGCUGCAGGAGGAUGGAAAAUCUUCCGUCGCUUGGCCAUUAGCAAGGAUCGAAGCAGUUCAACCCGGCGAUGAUGACAUCAUUCGUGUUGCAACCAUCAAAACAAGAAGUGGAACAUACAUACGACCGAUUCGCAGAUUGUUCCCACUUCCUUUCGACCAGCAAUUGGCUGUGCAGCAACAGCAAUAA